CGCGUUUCCGCCUUAUUUAGCAGCAUCAAUCUAGCAAACUUUUUGUUACCUCUCUAAAGAACAGAUUCACCGGGGAGAUUCUGCAUACAGAACGUGACGGAUCAGGACCUUUUUUGUGUCAAUUUCUCAAAGUUCAUGGCAAAAUGAAGCUCCUGAUUCUGGCUGCACUCCUUGGACUGUCCAUUGCCCAGCACAACCCAAAUACUAAAUAUGGUAGGACCUCCAUCGUUCAUCUGUUUGAGUGGCGCUGGGCAGAUAUAGCAGCAGAAUGUGAGAGAUACCUGGCACCAAAUGGCUAUGGUGGGGUUCAGAUCUCUCCCCCCAGUGAGAGUAUCGUGAUUUCCAAUCCUUGGAACCCUUGGUGGCAAAGGUAUCAACCAGUCAGUUACAACUUGUGCUCUAGAUCAGGAACCGAGGAAGAGCUGAGCGACAUGAUUAUACGCUGUAACAAAGUUGGGGUGAACAUAUAUGUGGACGCAGUCAUCAAUCACAUGUCUGGAGCUGGUGGUGGAGAGGGCAAUCACUCCAGCUGUGGAACGUACUUCAAUGCCAACAACAAAGACUUCCCCUCUGUCCCCUACUCAUCCUGGGACUUUAAUGAUGGCAAAUGUAAAACUGGCAAUGGAGAGAUUGGAAACUACAAUGACAUUUUCCAGGUUAGAGAUUGCCGCUUGGUGAGUCUCCUGGAUUUGGCCCUGGAGAAGGACUACGUUCGAGAAAAAGUGGCUGAAUACAUGAACAAACUGAUCAAUAUGGGUGUGGCUGGAUUCAGAGUAGAUGCUUGCAAGCACAUGUGGCCUGGUGACCUCAGUAGUGUGUUUGGUAGACUCAAGACCCUGAAUACCACUUGGUUUUCACCUGGCACCAAACCCUUCAUUUAUCAAGAGAUUAUUGACUUGGGUGGGGAGGCCAUUAAAGCCAGUGAAUACUUUGAGCUCGGGAGAGUAACAGAAUUCAAGUACAGUGCAAAACUGGGGAAAGUGAUUCGUAAAUGGGAUGGAGAAAAGCUAAAAUACCUGAAGAACUGGGGAGAGGGUUGGGGUUUCCUGCCCUCUGAUAAAGCCUUGGUGUUUGUGGACAAUCAUGAUAAUCAGAGAGGCCAUGGUGCUGGUGGAGCUUCAGUUCUAACAUUCUGGGACUCUAGGCUUUACAAGAUCGCUGCAGGGCUCAUGUUGGCUCAUCCAUUUGGUGUGACUAGAGUGAUGUCUAGCUAUCGCUGGGAUCGUAAAAUUGUGAACGGAAAGGAUGAGAAUGACUGGAUGGGCCCUCCAAGCAAUUCUGAUGGAUCCACGAAGCCAGUACCCAUCAACCCAGACUCCACCUGUGGUGAUGGUUGGGUAUGUGAGCACAGGUGGCGCCAAAUAAAGAAUAUGGUGAUUUUUCGCAAUGUGGUCAGUGGCCAGCCGCUUUCCAACUGGUGGGACAACGGUAAUAAUCAGAUCGCAUUUAGCCGAGGCAGCAAGGGAUUCAUUGUCAUCAACAAUGAUGACUGGGGACUGAAUGAGACACUGAACACUGGCCUGCCCGGAGGCACGUACUGUGAUGUCAUCUCCGGAGAUAAGAGUGGAGGCAGUUGCACGGGUAAACAGAUCUCAGUGGGUUCUGAUGGCCGUGCCACCUUCAACAUCAGUAACACAGAGGAAGAUCCAUUCAUUGCCAUCCAUGCUGACUCUAAAUUGUAGAUUCAGUUAGGAUAAAAUCCUAACUGAAUUUGAACUGAAUAAUUAUCCCCCUGAAAUGGGAAGAACACAACAUUAAAACUGAAACAAGACCAUGCCAAUGCUUUCAGUUUACAGCAGGCGAACAUUGUAAACAUUGGCAUUUGAACAUAAACAAAUUUAAUAGAAAAUGAAACUGCAAUUGUACAUUAAACCUACCAUGCUAUAUUAAUUUAGUCCUUUUCUUUCUAAUUUCAUACAAGCUCACAGUAGAAAAUUUAGGAUUGAAAAAAUACAUUACAUAUAAUUCUUGGAUGUCAGGGGAGGAACCAGUGUAGAAAAUAGUAACACCACUGAUUAAUUUCAUGAUAAAGAUGAUUUUGGAGAUGGAGGAAACUAUAUAUAAAAAAAGGCUAACAUUGAAAUCUUAAGAAAUUGCCAAGACAUUUCAGAAAUGUAUUAACAGCAUAAAACCACUGACGAAUGUACAGUUGAGUCUAGUUAUGGCUAUUUUCUUAUUUAAAUAAAAUGUAUAGGGAUGGUUCACCUUUUCUCAUCAUUUAAUCACUCUAAUGUCUCCCAGAUGUAUAUGACUGACUUUCUUCUGCAGAAUCUCCCUCACAAUCCACUCUGACCAGCAGAAAGGGGACUAAUUAAUACAUAAUUUUGGGUUCAGCCAUAUGCUCGAGGCUACAUUUAAAUAAAUGUAUGAAUUAAACACUCUGGACACUUUUGUUCAUACUGCUGCAAAUGUGAGAUAACGGGGUGUGACUUCUCCAAUUAG